AAAGGCAACAAGAAAGUCACUAGUGGUGCAGCCAGCUCUGCACAAGUUGGUACCAAACAACAGAAGGCAAAAGAGAAAUCCAGUGCAACAAAAAGUGCUGUAGCAACAUCUGUAAAGCCUCUUCAAUUUGGAAAUAAAAGCAAAUCAACAGCAAAGAAAAAUGCCAAAACUGUAGAGGCAAAAAAACCCUCAACAACUACUGCUUUGAAAUCAAAAGGACGGAAGAAGAUUGUUCAAGGAUCAGUAGGAUCUGAUUUUUUUGAGAGGGUUGAGCGAGUAUUGCAAGGAUUAAUAGAAGAAAACUGUCCAGUGAAUUCAAGAACCAUCCGCAUCUUCAUGAGCUCCACCUUCACUGACACAGAGCAUGAACGCAAUGCUCUUAUGGAAAAUGUUUAUCCCAAACUUAGAGAAUUCUGCCAGAAGAAAGGCUAUGAAUUCCAGGUUGUGGACAUGCGAUGGGGUGUGAGAGAUGAUGCCACAAACACACACAUGACAACUGAGCUAUGUCUGCGAGAAAUCAAGGCCUGUCAAGAGAUAUCUGUUGGACCAAACUUUGUGACAUUGCUCUCUGAGAAGUAUGGUUACCGUCCUCUGUUGCCCUCUAUUGACGCUCAGGAGUUUGAGUUGCUUCUUAGUGCUGCCACAGACGUCCAGACUAGGGACCUUUUGAAUAAGUGGUACAAGAAAGACGAAAAUUGUUUUCCUGUAUCAUAUAUUCUUCAGCCUGUAACAACCUGGAUACCAAAUUAUUUUAAUGAUAAUAAUCUGUCUCUCAAACAAGAGGCACAAAGAGAAUGGCAAAGCCAGUAUAACAAGAUGAAAGAAUUUCUUCAGCAAGCUGCCAAGGAGGUUUUUAAAGACAAGGAUCACGACCUUCGGCACAAAUAUGUUCGAUCAGUUUGUGAGGUAGAAAUUGAGUAUGGCCUCUUACAAGCUGAAAACCCAAAGCGAUCUUGCGUGUGGUUUCACCGAAUCAUCAGUGGUCUUGACUCACCAGAACACGCUGAAAAUCCCGAGGUUUUAAAGUAUCGUGAUUAUUGUCUCGAUGAGUUGUGCCACAGGGAUGAUGCUCACCCACAAGCACUUUUACACAAGUUAAAAAACAAGAAAAUGAAGGAGGUCAUGCACAUAGAAAAUAUUUUCACUUAUGAUACCCCUUGGACACCUAAAGGUAUUGAUCCAAGUGUUGGCAUGCACAAAAACUAUGUGGACCAAUUGUGCGAGGACUUUGAAAACAAGUUGAAGGACAUGAUAACAGAUAGCAUUGCGGAGCAUAAAACGGCCGAAACAGACAAUUUUCUGUACGCUGAGGUGGUGCAGCAUACAUUGUUUUGUAAGAAGAAAAUUGAAGUUGUUUACGGAAGAGAACCAACACUCGAGGAUAUUGAAGAGUAUGUUAGAGGCCCAAGUCAAUAUCCCCUGGUGAUCCAUGGGAAGUCUGGGUGCGGUAAAACAGCUGUUAUUGCCCUGGCGGCCAAGGCAAUAAGUGAAACCAUGGAUAAAAAAUGUUGUGUUUGUCUCAGGUUUCUCGGUACAACACCAAGAAGUUCAACAAUUCGCCGAUUGCUCAAGUCAAUCAUGUGGCAGAUCAAACACGUGUACAAGUUGACUGCUAGAGUUCCGCGCUCAACUAAGGGUGUGUUUGAUCAGUUUCCCGUCUUUUUGUCGAGUGCUACGAAGGAACAACCAUUGGUGAUCCUUCUUGACUCUCUUGACCAGCUCUCCCCUCUUGACGGGGCAAGGAAGUUAACUUGGUUUCCAAGGCAACUUCCACUUCAUGUGAAGUUCAUUGUGUCAACCCUGCCUGAUGAAGAGUACAAGUGUUUUCCUACGCUUAAGGUAUGCCAUGAAGGUCAAUUCCAAACAGGACUGAACGAUCGCAGGAGGCAGCGUAGCCGAGUGCUUUCCUUCAAAUGGUGUUACCUAGGGUUUAAUCCACAGAAAGUUCACAAAGUACGAUCAUUUGACCCUAAGAUUUUUUUCUUUUGUUGUGUUCUGCCAGCGUCUCGCGGUCUGACGACAAACGAGCUCGAGGACAUCUUGUCGUGUGAUGAAGCCCUCCUCCAUGAUGUGUUCCAGUACUGGACCCCUCCCAUCAGAAGGCUUCCCCCCCUGCUGUGGGUCAGAAUAAGGGCGGAUCUUGCCUCAUACCUGGUGGACAGGGGGGCGGAUGGUGCCCAGGUCACUUGCUGGUAUCACCGUCAGUUUGUUCAAGCUGCACAAGCCAGAUACUUGUCAGAUUCGUCUGAGAGAAAGCGCUUGCACAGCGCAAUUGCCGAUUAUUUCUUGGGAAGAAAUUUUGUAGCGGAGAACACGAAGGAGACGACUCUCAUUCAUGGCAAACACGUGCGCUUGGCGAGUAUUUCAGGACAACCUCUGAUAUUGUCUAAAGGCAGAUACAAUUUGAGGAAACUACACGAACUUCCCGUUCAUCUGAUGCGCAGCGAAAGAUGGGACGAGUUAAAAAGUGAAGUGCUCUGUAACUUUCAUUGGCUCAGAAUAAAAAUAACGGCGCGUUCUCUCAGGUCUGUGUUGGAUAAUUUCCAUGCCGCCAUGAAGGUUGUCAAUGACCCUGACAUUGCUGCUGUUGGGGGAGUGCUUCAGCUCGCCCAAGACGCCAUUUUGAGCGACUCUAAACAACUCGCUGCGCAAUUUGUAGCGAGGCUUUACGAGUGUAAGGUUAAGAAUGCCUAUCACGUUAUUUCAUCCAGCCUAUCACCAGUACUUUCCAAGCUUGUCCAGGAUUCUCGCAGGCCACCAGAGCCCACAGUGAUCCCAUCCAGAGCUUUUUUAACCCCUCCUGGCGGACAGUUAAUACAAACGUUAGUUGGACACUCGGCCAGCACAGUCCAUGGACUCGCUGCCACCAGUGACGGUAGAUACGUUGUUACAGGUAAUGUUUGGGUAACACUUACAGUUUAAAAGCUGUUGUUGCUAUGUUUUUUCUUUGAUCUGAAUAGGCGAAAAACUUUUCUGACGCCACUGUUUACAUUUUUCCUCAUUAACAUAAGACUUUGCGCAGAGAAGGCAUCGCAAUAGACACGAAUUGACUACAAACAUUUAAAGAGCUUCUGAACCUUAACUAGUAAUUGGUGAAAUUUUUGGCUCUGGGU